CUCACAAGCGGAUGCGUUUUGCUUUUCGUUUCUCUCGUACUUGCUCACUUCCCUUCUCUCCUUACCAACCUCGGCGUUAUUAGGCAGGUGCCGAAAUAUUUCGCCUCUGUGUUGACCUAAUUAUCGGAUAACGUACGGUAACUAUGCCGUCUUAGGAUAGGCCUAUCCAGUUCACCAAGUUAAAAUUAAUAGGAAACUUUAACUUGGAGUUUGAAGGCUGUUUUUUGUCGGCGCCGUGAAGGCUUCAAAGGCGGCAGCCAGCAUCCGCCCGUUAAAGCUUGAGACUGACUAGAAAGAUUUCCCUCUUCAAUGCUGAGAGUUUAGGCCUGUCUGGACAGAAUGACGCUCUUUAAGAUCGUCAGAGAGAAGGAUCAGAACCUGACCACCAUGCUGCCGAGGCCGAGCGGAAGUGCAGCGAGCGCAGAGGGCCUAAAGAACUAAAAGGUUAUGCUGAUCAUAUAUAAAACUCACUGCUGGAGACCUGCAGACUGUGCGGUACUGUGUAUGAGAGACGUUUAAGGACACAAGAGACAUCUUUGGUCAGUUUAACACGCUCAACGACAACUGAAAUCUCCAGGAGUUGAAUUACCGCAAGGCAGGGCUGCAAAACACCUGCUAUGAGAACUACCACCUGCACAGUGCAUGAAGUACAGCACACAGAGUGAUUACUGGUUUUGACUACCACAUAUAUACCCUCUGUCUCUUGAGAUUAACAAGCCACGGAAAAGCUGCCGCUAACACUUUUGACAAAGAACCACAACCAUCCAGAGGAGAUUACCAGCGGCAAUCAUGAACGGUCUAGCUGAGAUGUCGAUUAAAUGUGUCCUGGUCGGGGACAGUGCGGUCGGCAAGACGGCCCUGCUGGUCCGAUUCACCUCAGAGACCUUCCCAGACACCUAUAAGCCCACAGUGUUUGAUAACACAGGGGUGGAGGUGUACAUGGACGGGGUUCAGAUCAGCCUGGGGUUGUGGGACACGGCGGGUCAUGACAACUUUAGACAAAUCCGACCGAGAUCGUACCAGCAGGCCGAUGUUGUCCUCAUCUGCUACUCUGUGGCCAACCCAAACUCACUGGCCAACGUCCAGCACAAGUGGAUUGCUGAGGUUCGACAGAACCUGCCCAAGGUGCCAGUGCUGGUUGUGGCCACCCAGACGGACCUGCGGGAACAUCGGGAUAGCUGCAUCUCAGCAGCGGAAGGGAGACGUGUGGCUCAUGAAGUCCAAGCUAAAGGCUACCUGGAGUGCUCAUCCUUAAGCAACCGAGGGGUGCAACAGGUGUUUGAGUACGCGGUGCGGAUGGCUGUUAACCAGGCCAAGAAGCAGGCCAGGAGACGCAUGUUCAGUAUAAACCAAUGCAAAGUCUUUUGACCUUUGACCUGGACUUGUGUGAACUGUCACUAGAUGACUUGGCCAGUAACACAUGUUAAUGUGCUGUUCAAACUCAGUGAAGGCUUGCAGAGGUAUAACCUUCAACCCAACAAACCAAAGUUGGAUUUGUUUUAUGUAUUCUUGUUUUUUUUUCACUAACAGGGUGUCCUGCCUCCCCCUCACCCACAAAUUUAAACCAUAUUUAAAACUGAGAAUGCAUAUAUUUAAUCAUACACCUUAAUCUACCCUCAUAUAAACGUACAGGUGGAAGUCGUGCUUUUGUUUGAACCAGGGAGCGAUGUAAAGAAAAGAGUUUAUCUUCUUUUAUCUUCUGCAUCUGUUUUUGUAAGUGAACCACAGUACAUUACAUGGAGGUAUUUCAAAUAGGGCAUCAGAGGAUUUUUGUGAGACUUUCACCUAAACUAAAGCAUUUAAAGCUUUAAUGAUAAUGGUGAUAUUUAACUAAUAAGCAACGCAAGGAGGAAAGUGUAUUAAUAUGUAAAUUUGGGGCUGCAUCAGUAAAUGAACUUUUGAAUUGCAGUGUAAACCAAAUAAGUGCCUUUACUACCACAAUUACACAACUGAGUAGUUUUUUACAGUUGCAUGGAGCUUUUACAGUGUGACUUGCACAUUUGUUAAAUGUUAAACAUUUGCAAAAUGAGGGAAAACUGUCUCUUAUGCUCCUAAAUUUUGUCAUUGAGCUCAAAUCAGUUAGUAGUGGUGUGUACGCGCUGCCAUUUGUCAGCAAUUACAAUUAUUAAUAAUAAGAUAAUGUGGGUGUCAGCUCAGAGAGCCUAAAGGGACAAUUUUACUGUAGCGGGCUCUACAUAAAGCAUAUUCUCAAUUCUUUUCUUUUUAGAUUAGACAUGACCAGGAAAUAAACUGUCAGUAGGCCAAAGAGAAGGUUAACGAGUUGAAAUCUGUACUCAGACAUCAGCUGCACUGAAGUGAAAUGAUACUAAUACAUGGCUGUCAACACACAUUGUUUCAGUCUUUUAAAAAAAUUGAAAUGACCUUGAAAUAGUUGUACUGAAAAUGAACCAAAAAUAUCGAAAGGUUUGAUUGAGAAAUGUGUUUUGUAUUGUUAGAGGAGCCAAACAUUAAAAAAAGAAAAAGUAAUGUGAAGCAGCUGUAAUUUUUACGCAUCACAUUGAAAACAUGUUAAAUAUUAGUGUCCACAGUGGAUUUUUUUUUUUUUUUUUUUGCUUUGCAAUUUCAUUUUUUUAACUGUAUACAUCGUUUUAAAAAUAUAAGAAAAAUAUUAAGCCGUGACGUGCUACGUGCAGACCUUGCAAACUUGCAAUCUUUGUUUUUUUUAUAUUAUAGAUUAAAACUAAGUAUUCCACAGAUUUUACCGUUAGUGAACAAUAUCAUCUAACGCUCAUCUAAUAAUUUAUAAGUUAUUGAAAUGUAUCCAGUCAUUUUUCCCAUUAAUGGCUGUUACUGGUGACCCGUUUUCCCUAAUUUAUACGUUCAGUAUGUGAACAUAUGGUCCGUGUUGUGUUUAUUGUCUUAUAUUUUUGUGAUGACUUUCACAUUUGAUUAUACUGUAUGUCUUAUGCAUAAACUUAAAAAAAAAAAGUGUUUUAUGACGUACAUGUAAUAUACAAAACUAAAGUAUGGGGUGUCAAGCUACCAUUUGCCAAACAUACAGUUUGGCAUCUGUAUUAGAAAAUGCAUGAUGUUGUAUGUUUAUGUACAAAUAAGUUAAGCUGUGUGGGCUGCAAGACACAUAAAGUGUCACUUUAUUGAUUGUUCCAGGCUGUUUCUUGAAUAAUGUUUAAGUUUAAAUAACAUGCAUAAUUCAGAGAGGUGAGAAUAUAGAUAAAUAAAAUUAUCUUUGUUUCUUUUUCACGAA